AUGCUUCUUGUCAGGGCCGAGAAGAAGGAGAAGCAAGAUGGCUUCCGCUGGCGGCUAAAGUGACUAACCUGUCUUUUUUAGAGUUGAAGAAAGACUGAGGCGCUCAUGUUUCUUCAGAGAAAAGCUUUGUGGACCGGUGUAGCCAGUUCAUGACAGCUAGAUAGUGAAGUCAAACUCUGAGGCGGAGAUUGUAGGUUGAGCCGGUCACCAUGGCGACGGACAUCGGUUCUCCGCAGCGGUUCUUCCACAUGCCGCGCUUCCAGCACCAGGCGCCUCGGCAGGUGUUCUACAAACGGCCGGACUUUGCCCAGCAGCAGGCCAUGCAGCAGCUGACCUUCGAUGGAAAACGCAUGAGGAAGGCGGUCAACCGCAAAACCAUAGACUACAACCCAUCUGUCAUCAGAUACCUGGAGAAUCGUCUGUGGCAGAGGGAUCACAGAGACUUCAGAGCCAUUCAGCCUGAUGCCGGCUUUUACAAUGACCUGGUGCCUCCAGUGGGCAUGCUCAACAACCCCAUGAACGCCGUCACCACCAAGUUUGUCCGAACCUCCACCAACAAAGUCAAGUGUCCUGUGUUCGUCAUAAGGUGGACUCCUGAAGGACGCCGGCUGGUCACCGGAGCCUCCAGUGGAGAGUUCACUCUGUGGAAUGGACUCACCUUCAACUUUGAGACCAUCCUACAGGCCCAUGACAGUCCGGUCCGGGCCAUGACGUGGUCUCAUAACGACAUGUGGAUGCUGACGGCGGACCACGGCGGAUACGUGAAGUACUGGCAGUCCAACAUGAACAACGUCAAGAUGUUCCAGGCUCACAAGGAGGCCAUUAGAGAAGCCAGCUUUUCUCCCACCGAUAAUAAAUUCGCCACCUGCUCCGAUGACGGAACGGUUCGGAUCUGGGACUUCCUGCGCUGCCACGAGGAGAGGAUCCUCCGAGGUCACGGCGCUGAUGUGAAGUGCGUCGACUGGCAUCCAACCAAAGGCCUGGUGGUUUCUGGGAGCAAAGACAGUCAGCAGCCAAUCAAAUUCUGGGACCCAAAGACCGGACAGAGUCUGGCCACGCUCCACGCCCACAAGAACACGGUGAUGGAGGUGAAGUGGAACCUGAACGGCAACUGGCUGCUGACGGCGUCACGUGACCAUCUGUGUAAACUGUUUGACAUCAGGAACCUGAAGGAGGAGCUGCAGGUCUUCAGAGGCCACAAGAAGGAGGCCACAGCCGUGGCCUGGCAUCCGGUCCAUGAGGGUCUGUUUGCCAGUGGAGGUUCUGAUGGGUCUCUGCUGUUCUGGCACACAGGGGUGGAGAAGGAGGUCGGGGGGAUGGAGAUGGCCCACGAGGGGAUGAUCUGGAGUCUGGCCUGGCACCCACUGGGUCACAUCCUGUGUUCUGGAUCCAACGACCACACCAGUAAAUUCUGGACCAGAAAUCGUCCUGGGGACAAGAUGAGGGACCGCUACAACCUGAACCUGCUGCCGGGCAUGUCGGAGGAUGGCGUGGAGUACGAUGAUGUGGAGCCCAACAGCGUGGCCUCCAUCCCAGGGAUGGGGAUCCCUGAGCAGCUGAAGGCCGCCAUGGAGCAAGAGCAGACCAGUAAAGAGGCGGUUCCUGAGGUGGAGAUGUCCAUCCCAGGUCUGGACUGGGGAGUGGACGAGGUCAUGGGCAAGGACGCCAAGAAGGUCCCUCAGAAGAAAGUCCCGUACGCCAAACCGAUCCCGGCUCAGUUCCAGCAGGCAUGGGCUGAGAACAAAGUACCCAUGAUGCCCCCUGCUGCAGAUCUGUCCAAAGACCGGAAGGUGGAGCAGAAGGUGGAGGUGAAGAAGAAGACUCAGGCCGAGAUCGAGCAGGAAAUGGCGGCGCUGCAGUACACAAACCCCAUGCUGCUGGAGCAAAUAAAGAUGGACCGGAUGAACCAGAUGAACCCCGAGGGGGGCAUGGGCCCCUCACAGACACAGGGCACGAUGCCCCCGUUCCCUGGCACUGGGGGACCUGGUGGUCCAGGGGGCCCCAUACCCCCUGGACAGCAGGGCUUCCCCCCAAACAUGGCCCCUCAGCAGAUGCCCAACACCAUGGGGCCUCCAAUGGGCCCAGGAGGCCUGCAGCCCCCCUUCAUGCCCCCUGGACAGAUGGGCCCCCCUUCUGGACCCCAGCCCCACCAGGGGCCCCCGCAAGGAAUGAUGGGACCACCGGACAUGCAGCGACAUCCUGGUCCUCCCAGAAACAUGGGCCCCCAGGGACCUCACAUGGGCCCCGGACCCAGAGGGAUGCAGGGGCCCCCCGGUGGAAUGAUGGGGCCCCCUCCACGAGGAAUGGGUCCAAGGGAUCCUCAGGGGCCCCCGCCUCAGGGGGGCAUGAUGCCUCCCCAAGGGAACAUGAUGGGCCCCCAGGGGCCAAUGCAGGGCGGGAUGAUGGGGCCCCCGCCUCGGACACAUGGCAACAUGCCAAACAACUAUGGGAUGGGCAAUAUGCAGGGGCCCCCAGGACCCCCAGGUAACAUACAGGGACCCCCAGGUAACAUGCAAGGACCCCACGGAAACAUGCAGGGGCCCCACGGGAACAUGCAGGGGCCCCCAUACAUGCAGCACCAGGGUCAGAACUCAGGGCCGAUGAUGCAUGGCAUGGGGCCACAGGGGCCACAGGGGCCCAACAACAAAGACUCUCGGGGUCCACCUCCUAACCACCACAUGGGACCUCCAGACCGCCAGGGACCUGGAGCACCAGACCAGGGCUCAGGGCUUUAUUGGGGGGAAAACCAGCAGGGGAGACGAGGGCCACAGGACUUUGAUGGAGGCCAGGACUUCCACAGUCGGGAUGAGGGCUGGAGACCGGGACCGGGUCCUGGACAAGGGUACCAGGGAGGAGGAGGACGAGGCCACCGAGGAGGAGGGGGGAACGGUGGAAACUGGGGUCCUGACGACAGGUUCAACCGGGACGGAGGAGAGUUCAGAGGACGGAGGGAGGACAGGUUCAGAGGCGGUGGCCCCGGCCGGCCCGGAGGUCGAGGUUACCCUGACGAGUUUGGAGGACAGGAAGAUGGCUACGACGUCAACGAAGACCUGGGCCGGGGCUGGGACAACGGAGGCCGAGGGAGACCACCCCGAGGAGGAGGUCCCCCCAGAGCAGGAGGUCAUGACGGUUACCGGGACGGGCAGCAGAUGCAUGAUGGGUCGUCACCGGCGGGGCGCGAGCGUUCGUCGUCUCUGCAGGGCAUGGACAUGGCCUCUCUGCCCCCCCGCAAGCGCCCCUGGCAGGACGGCCCGGGAACUGGAGACCCCCGAGACCGGGAUUCUCCAGGAGCCGACGGAGCUCGUCCUCCCAGGGAUGACACCGGUUUCGGUCCAUCGGGUCGCGGCGGACGGGGGGGGGUGGGGUCCUGGAGGAGGACCUGGACCCAGGAGAGGAGGACCGCCACUCAGAGGAGCGCCAAGGGGGGGCGGCCGGGGCCGGUAGUGCCCGGUUUGGUGCGGAGGUGGACUAUGGUCACAUGACCCCGACAGACAAUCUGAGUGGUGGCGUGUUUUCAUGUCCCAUGAGUCUCUGUGUGGCCCCGCCUCCUUCUAGGACGGACGUCGUGUCACUGUCGGGCCCCGCCUCCUUCUAGGACGGACGCCGUGUCACUGUCGGGCCCCGCCUCCUUUUAGGACGGACGCCAUGUUACUGUCGGUCGUUGCUUUUGUAAAAGAUUUGUAUGUUUUUGUGUUUUCACUGAUGGACAAUAAAGAUUCACACUUCAAACCCC